CAGAGACGCUCUUAUGCUCACACAGGACGCUACACAUCAACACUUGAAGUUACGCUCGACGCUUUAAGCUGUUUUGAGUUUUAACAGCUAAGUUGGCGUUAACCUUAGAAAAAGAGACGGUGAGAGAGGUACACUGGGGACAUGGCGGUGUAUUUUGACCACCGUAUUGAGGCCCCUGAGAGCAGUGAUGUGCCCUCUCAGCUGGCAUGGCACCCGGCUCUACCUGUACUGGCUGUGGCUUCAAGCAACUCCACCACUGGAGGCAAUGUAGACCUCUACUUACAGCAGGGUGAGUAUGUGGAGAGCUGCCAUGUAGAGCGUCCUUACCAGUCCAGAGUGCUUCACUGGCAUCCCACAAAGCCAGUGUUGGCACUAGGCUGGGAGAAUGGAGAGGUAAUGCUGCUGACACACCCCUCUGGAGAUCAAACAGUUCUGCCUAGCACACAUACAGCCUGCAUCACAUUGCUGGAGUGGAGUAGCUCAGGUGGCCGCUUGGUAACUGGGGAUCAGGUGGGAGCUUUAACAGUAUGGAAAGUAGAUGCCAGAGGGAGACUUCAAGGAAACCAUCUGGUGAAGCAUGAAUACAAUGCAAACCUAACCUGCUGCAUCUUUAAACCUGCCUCACCUGGGGAUGAUGUGGCAAUGCUAGCCCGGGCAUCAGUGAGUGGAGAUGAGAGUGCUCUGGACAUGUUCAGCUGGAAGGGAGCACCUCUCAAGAUGGGCCCACAGGAGGGACUUGCAUUCUACGUCAGCACUGCAGAUGGUAAGGUCCACUGCGUGGAUGAGCAUGGUAAAACAAGCAUACUUCUCAGUGUGGAGGGAGCCAUCAAGAAACUGUUUUACCUUGAGAAGAGAGAGGCACUCGCUGUGAUCACAGAUACACUGAUGCUGUCACAGUACACUCUGGGACCGGAGGGAGGAGCACAGGAAUUCAUGAAGGUUAAGCUGAGUAGCAAAAGUGGACAAAACACGGACAUUGUGUGGACAGAGAACAGUCUCCUCAUCACAGCAACAGGGGAACAGCUCAUCAGACUGUGGGAUCUAGAGCGAGAUGACAACUACGUUUUGUCUCUUGACGAGACUGUGGGGUUUGAGAAAGGAGAGAUGAUCAACUGUGUUUCAUACUGUGCAGGGAAAGAAAUCCUGGCAGCUGGCACCAGCCAUGGACGCAUAGCAAUGUGGAGGAUGGUGCAGCCAGACAACAACAGAGGGGACAACAAAACACAGUGGAAGCUACAGACACCAACUGAAACAGAGGGAAAUGUCACUCAGAUACAGUGGGGCUCCAGCCUAAAUCUGUUGGCAGCUAACAAUUCCAACACAGUGCUGAUUCUGUGUGAGCAUUUGAUGUCAGCCGACUUUAGCCAGCAGGUGGCAGCAGUGCAGCUUACCCCGACCCAGCUCAGCAUCACUCACUAUAACACAGGAGUGCACCUUGCCCUGCAGUCUGACAUGCACAUCAAGGGAGUCUGCGUUACCAAGGAUUCAGUGACAAUCUGGAGUGGCAAGCAGAUCACUGUGUAUGAGCUUUCAGGGACAGUUCUACGCAAUACAGGGUCGUUUGCUUGUGACUCCCAUGUAGUAGCUGUACAUGGCGAGAACCUCUACACCGUUGAACCUAACAGGGUCCAGAUCCGCACACCACAGGGCACAGUGAAGCAACUAUUGACUUUCUCCAAGGCCGAGGGCAACCCUGUGCUGCUCAGUGUGUGCCAGUCUUACCUGGUUGUGGGCACAGACACAGCACACAUCAGAAUCUUUGACCUCAGCAGAAGAGACGCCAAAGCUCACUGCAGUGCUAAGAACCUGGCUGACCAAAUUGCCAAUCUGGGAGCCCUGAGGUCAGUCAAGUGUAACGCCAAUGGCAGCCAAAUCAGCAUCAUAAUCUCUCAGCUGAACGGACGACCUGAUCACAAAGUAUACUUUUAUGAUGUUGAGAUGGACACUGUGACACACUUUGACUUCUUCAUUGGCAGACCGUCCAGUGGUAUCUCACAGCCUGAAGACAGCGAAAGGCAGCAGUUUCAGGGGACGGAGCUCAGUGGACGCUGCCCCGUGUCUCACUUCUGGGAUGAGAGUGAACCUCGUCUUUUCGUUUGUGAGACGGUGCCAGUCAGUUCUGAGUCGUCAUCAAUAAGUUACUCGGAUGUGGUGGAAAUGUCAGUGGUGACCUUCUUCUGUACCCAGGAACAUGGGCUCCUCCUGCAGGACUGCUACCCCAAACCUGCAGGCCUGCAGUCCCUCCUCGCUCUGGAUGUCCCUUACUAUUAUUUCAGCUGCAAGCCCGGUGAGGGAGAUCCAGGGUUAGCAGAGGUUUCAGCCGCAUCGGCAUCUCCGAACCAGACCCAGACGCCAAGAGGUUCGACGGCCCAGUUCCCUCAUAUGGUAUCCAGACGAGCUCUCAGAGACUUUGUGGGCCUGGAGAACUGUGAGAAGGCCACUCGUGACGCCAUGCUAAACUUCAGCUUCUACCUGACCAUCGGCGACAUGGACGAAGCCUUCAAGUCUAUCAAGCUCAUCAAGAGCAAAGCGGUAUGGGAAAACAUGGCACGGAUGUGUGUGAAAACUCGGCGGCUGGAUGUGGCACGAGUGUGCCUUGGGAAUAUGGGAAAUGCCAGGGCAGCAAAGGCACUGAAGGAGGCGGAGGCUGAGCCUGAACUAGAAGCCCAGGUGGCGAUGUUGGCCAUUCAGCUUGGCAUGCUGGAAGAUGCAGAGAAGUUGUACAAGUCCUGUCAACGCUAUGACCUGCUGAACAAUUUCUACCAGGCAUCUGGCCAAUGGCAGCAGGCUUUGGAGACAGCGGAGCACCACGAUCGCAUCCAUCUGCGCACUACCUACUACAAUUAUGCCAAAUACCUGGAGUCCACAGGCAAUAAAAUCCUGGCCCUCUCAUAUUAUGAGAAUUCAGACACCCACCGAGUAGAGGUGCCCAGAAUGCUCCAGGACGACCAAUUAUCUUUAGAGAACUAUGUCAACAAAAAGAAAGACAAGAACAUCUAUAAGUGGUGGGCCCAGUACCUGGAGAGCCAGUCCGACAUGGAUUCAGCCCUACGUUUCUAUGAAUGUGCUCAGGAUUACCUCUCUCUUGUUCGCGUUCACUGCUACAUGGGGAACAUUCAGAAGGCAUCUGAGAUAGCCAAUGAUACAGGAGACAGAGCUGCAUCAUACCACCUGGCUAGACACUAUGAGGCUCAUGAUGACAUCAGACAGGCUGUUCACUUCUACACUCGAGCUCAGGCCUACAACAACGCCAUACGACUUUGUAAGGAGAAUGGUCUCGAUGACCAGCUGAUGAACCUGGCUCUGCUCAGUAAUCCAGAGGACAUGAUGGAGGCUGCCUGUUACUAUGAGGAGAAAGCCAGCCAUAUGGACCGAGCUGUCUCACUCUAUCACAAGGCUGGUUAUGUCUCCAAAGCUUUGGAGUUGGCCUUUGGCACAGAGCAGUUCUCUGCACUUCAGAUGAUUGCUGAGGAUCUGAAUGAGACCUCCGACCCCGCCAUCCUGGCACGCUGCUCUGACUUCUUUAUUAAACAUUCCCAGUUUGAGAAGGCUGUGGAGUUACUGGUAGCAGCCAAGAAGUACCAUCAAGCCCUGGAGCUGUGUGUGACCCAGAACUUGACCAUCACUGAGGAGCUUGCAGAGAGAAUGACUGUAACAGAUUUAAAAGACUUGUCCGAGGAGGCUCGCAAGGAACUGCUGGAGAGUAUAGCUGACUGCUGCAUGCGUCAGGGAAAUUACCACCUGGCCACCAAGAAAUACACGCAGGCAGGAAACAAGCUCAAGGCUAUGAGAGCACUCCUCAAGUCGGGCGACACAGAGAAAAUCGUAUUUUUUGCCAAUGUUUGUCGUCAGAAAGAGCUCUUCAUCAUGGCUGCCAACUAUCUUCAGUCUCUAGACUGGCGGAAGAAUCCGGAGAUCUUGAAGACAAUCAUUGGUUUCUACACUAAAGGGAGGGCACCGAACCUGCUUGCUGGCUUCUAUGAGGCUUGUGCUCAGGUGGAAAUCGAUGAUUACCAGAACUAUGAGAAGGCUCUAGAUGCUUUGACUGAGGCUUCUAAGUGUCUCUCAAAAACAAAGGACUCUACAGCUGGACAGCAGGAAGUACGACUGGCUGACCUGCACCAUAAAAUCACCCUAAUUAAGAAGUUUGUCCACGCACGCAGGUUGUAUGCGGAGGACCCUGGGGAGGCUGCGCGGUUAUGUGAAGCCUUGCUGGAGGAGCCAGAGUUGGACCCUGCUGUUAGGAUUGGGGAUGCAUUUGGCUUCCUGGUUGAUCAUCACUGUCAGCAAGGCAACAUCCAAGUGGCCUACCGCAAGCUUGAGGAACUCCAGAGGCUGCUGCCAUCGCAGAAUGCUCGGUACUAUAUCAGCCAGUCCAGCGUACAGGCCCUGCAAAAAGAGAUGGGUGUGCCCAUGGAUCGUGGUGACAGCAGGCUCAGCAUGAAGGAGGAGGAUGAAGUGGAGGAGGACAUAAAUGUGUGUUAACAUCUCUUGUGAUUUCAAUCUUGUUAGACACAAUUCUUCUAUAAAUAUUUAGCUUCCUUAUUCAUCGACACCAAGACCCUGCAUUUUCACACGGAAGAAUAUGCACAAAUCUGCACUUUUUGUUUACCGGGAAUGACUGUGCCAUUGCUUGUGAAGAAAACACCAACUAAAGUCACAUUGGUGAAAUCAGCACAGUAAUUGGUUGUAAUGUGUAAAUAGAGGGCACUUAAUAAUCACACAAUGGAAAAGCAAUGUGGAGAAAAGACAUGAAGAGAGAUUUUGAACAGUCUUUCAAUCUGAUGCAGGGCUAGUGCAUUCAGGUAUACACAAAGUCUAUAUUAGAUACAAUUCUACUAAAUUGUCACCCUGUUUUCCAAAAAUAUUGAACCUGUAUCAUCCACAAAAGAAUGAUUUUAUACUCUCAUGCAGGUCUUCUUUUCUACCUUAAAUCCUGGGUUCAUUAUUUUUUUAUAGCUGCUUAUUUAUGCAGACUGCUACAGACUGAUAAACACAGGUUUGUAUUUCCCAAAAGCAAUGUCAGGAAAAAGGUGGCUUCCAAAGGGCAAUAACAGCAAAAGAAUCACCUCAUGUGACAAAUGAUGAACACAUAUUAAUGCCUUCUACAAACUGAAAUUUCUAUUUUGAGUUUGAGUUCUGAAUAUACUGUUUGUUAGAGAUUUAUCCACAGAUGUGAUGAUGUGGAUUUUAUAAAUUUGAUACAAUGUAUUUUUCAACUGGUGUAUUAAUUGUAAAUAUCCUCUCAAUGUCAAAGCAUAUUUCCAGCUAUUUUUGAUAACAUGGGAGGCAAUUUCU